AUGUCAGCUUACGCUUCUAACUCGGGCGUUGCUGCUGUUCAACAGCAACAGCAACAACAACAGCAACAGCAGAGACACCAGCAGAGACUCAAUGAGCUCUUGGAGGCGGUCAAGCAAGAAUUUGACUUUGCCUUGAACGAGGCCUCGUCAUUCAAGCAAGUCAAGGACGAAUACGACAUAAAGUACAACCAACAGACCGCAGAGAUGCAGCAGAUCAGACAGACUGUCUACGAGUUGGAAAUGGCCCACAGAAAGAUCAAGGAGGCCUACGAGGACGAGAUCUUGAGGUUGAAGACCGAGUUGGAGAAUAGAGACAGGGCUGCUGCUCUGCAAGUUGCACCAAACGGUGUGGACAGCAGAUUGCCAUACGGAAGCUACCAACAGCAACAGCAGGCUCAACAGCAACAGGCUGUGCACCAGCAGCAGCAACAGCAGCAACAGCAACAGCAGCAACAAGCCGCCCACCAACAGCAAGCUCAGGCCCAGGCCCACGCACUUCCCCCAGCUUCAGCAUCUACCCUCCCACCAGCAGUCAGACACUCACCACCUAAGGACUCCGCUCACAUUCCAAAGAUCGAGAGCGGUGCCAAGGACAACAACGGGUCCGCCGCAGCCACGCCAUCGGCCGCUCCUGCUGCCAUCUCAUCUACAGCUCCAGCUGGUGCUUCUGCCGGCGGUGCUUCUUCUACCACGUCCACUGCCACGCCAGCCGCCGCUGCUCCAGCGCCAGAGACUUCCACAGCGUUGACGGUCAUCGACAAGCUGCAAUACAUCGUUAACCCGGCCCAGAAGGCGCUCCAUGUUAAGGAAAUCCCUCCAUUCUUGCAAGACUUGGACAUAAAUAGGGCAUCCCCUGAGUUUACCAAGCAAAACCCGGACUACUUCGUCUUGUACAACCCUGCCUUUGAAAGACUGCUUGAAAUCGACUUGAUCCACUCCUUGGACCACUCCUCGGUUGUCUGUUGCGUCAGAUUCUCCAAGCUGGGUGAUCUUAUUGCUACUGGAUGUAACAAGACCACCCAGGUGUUCAACGUUCAAACUGGUGAGUUAAUCGCCAAGUUGAUCGAUGAUAACUCCACCAACAGCUUGACCAACGGUGACGGAGCCGACAAGAACGGUGAAAGCAACGGCAGUGGUGAAGGAGCCAAUGGAAGUGGUGCUCAGGCUGCUGCCUCCACCGCUGCUGUCAAUGCCAACGGCGAUUUAUACAUUAGAUCAGUCUGUUUCUCCCCAGAUGGUAAGUUAUUAGCUACUGGUGCUGAAGAUAAGUUGAUCAGAAUCUGGGACUUGGCAACCAAGAGAAUUAUCAAGAUUUUGAGAGGCCACGAACAAGAUAUCUACUCCUUAGAAUUCUUCCCGGACGGAAACAGAUUGGUUUCUGGAUCUGGUGACAGAACUGUAAGAAUCUGGGACUUGAGAUCAUCGCAAUGUUCCUUAACGUUGCUGAUCGAAGACGGUGUCACCACCGUUGCCGUUUCCCCAGAUGGACAAUUGAUCGCCGCUGGAUCUUUGGAUAGAACAGUUAGAGUCUGGGAUUCCACCACGGGAUUCCUUGUGGAAAGAUUAGACUCUGGUAACGAAAACGGGAACGGGCACGAAGAUUCCGUUUACUCUGUUGUCUUCCUGGCCAAUGGUAAACAAUUGGUUUCCGGUUGUUUGGAUAGAACUGUUAAAUUAUGGAACUUAGAAGGUAAGCUGGACUCACCACCAACUCCUGUUUCUCCAAGAGGUGGUAAUUCAUCUGCCAUUGUUUCUGGAGCUCAAUCAAGAAAGUCUUCAUGUGAAGUCACUUACAUCGGACACAAGGAUUUCGUGUUAUCUGUCUGUUUAACUUCUAAGAAUGAAUACAUCAUUUCUGGUUCCAAAGACCGUGGUGUUAUCUUCUGGGAUGAGCUUUCCGGUAACCCAUUGUUAAUGUUACAAGGACACCGCAACUCAGUUAUUUCUGUAGCUGUAUCAUCUAACAGUGAUGCUACUGAAGGUAUAUUUGCUACUGGUAGUGGAGAUUGCAAGGCAAGAUUGUGGAGAUGGAAAAAGAAAUAG